UGUAAACAGAAGGACGUCCCCUUUAGAGACAGCAGCGCUGCGAACAUGAGCGGACUGGAGCCGUUGACCGUGUUUGUGAAGGACAGGCUGACAGCGGUGGGUGAGGAGAUCCUCUGCGCCGUCAGAGACGCGGUGGUGGAGUACCAGAGUGAAAUCCUCCGCUCCAAGCAGGAGAACGAGCGGCUCAGACGCCUCCUCAACGUCGCCGUCCAGCGGUUGCUGCUGCAGCCAGAACUUCACACUCUCCAGCCCAGAGAAGAUGGUCAGCCCUGUGAGUGGAGGAGCACUGUGGAGCUGCUGCCACAAGUUAAAGAAGAACCAAACAUCACAAGCUUAGAUGAUGGGAACUGUCAUCAUGCUGAGCCAAUACAAAGGUCAUAUCCUCCAUCAGCUGAGACUGUCUCCCCACCUCCACUCACAUUCCAGGAAAUAAAGGCAGAAUGUGACAGAGAGGGCGACAGGAAGCACCAGCCCGACAACAGUUUAGCCCCCUCUCCAACUGUUCACCCAAACUGCAGAGUGGCUCAGAGUGAUUCUUGUGCCAGUACUGCAAACAGUCACAGGACUCAGAAAGCAGACCAGCAGGUGAAAGGGUUACUCCGCUCAAAUGCAAAACAGAGUUCUCAUAUCCUGCAGAUGAAAAGCGUGAGAUCCUUGAAGCCUCCUCUGUCUCGCUCUUCUCACCCAAGCCAAAGCAUCCAGAGGUGGCACAGCUGUAAAGAGUGUGGAAAGGGCUUCAGCUUUGCCUGCCAGCUGGAGGUCCACAUGCGCUGGCACACCAAGGAGAAGCCAUACAGCUGUGCAGUGUGCCGGAAGAGCUUUACCACGGUCAGCAUGCUGAAGAGACACCACCGCAUCCACACCGGAGAGAAGCCCUUCCGCUGCCAUGUCUGUGGGAAAUGUUUCAACCAGUCGGCCCACCUCAACACCCACUUCAGGCUUCACACCAGAGAGAGGGCCAGCUGGAGACAAGCAUCAAACCCCAAUUGAAGUCAGAGUAACAGGGAAUGGAUCUGUUAAUUGUAAAAUUCUGGAAAUGUCAAGCUUUCAGCUUCAGACAGUGUACAAUAAUGGUUUGUGUCUUGGUGUGCAAUAAAGCACUGUGUAUAAAGAUAUAUGAUCCACUGAUUCUGUUGUUUAUCUCAUCACCACCAAAUGUGAUAGCAAGGACAGAUUUGUGCAACAUUUUACUGACCUGUUUCAAAACUAAGACGCUUCUAUAGAACCAACAAGGCGAAUCACAGGAGCAGAGACUUGAAGAAGACAGUUGGAAACUUAAGUGAGCACUACCGAACUGGAAAAACAUUUCAUCAUUAUAACCGUAUUAGUUAAAGAAAAUCACAUUAUCUGAGUGAGUUAAGUCACCUCUAGCAGGAAUAACAUUCAAUUGUAUGAAGCUAAACUUAAUAUGCAACUUCUAUCGUUUGAAAAUAGAAUGAAAAGGGGAUGUUUGUGACUUUUUUACAGGAUUUUUUUGUGUUGAAUUUCAUCAGACAGAACCUGGUAUUCCAUAUUCUGAAUUUAAAAGGUGCUGCUUUAUUUGAAGCACUAUCUGUAAGACUUGGUCAUUGCGUCAGUUUGUCAUGUCCACCAAAAUUUGAUAAUAUGAUAACGCUGACAUCUGCCGGAGGUUCCCUGUUACUGGCACUUAGGAAAACACAGUAGAAAAAGACAAUAAAUAAGCUUCCUCCCUGUAUAAAUAUGAAGUAUAUCCUGUAAUCCUGUAAUCUACUUUGUGCAGUGGUCAGUUAAUAACUGACUGUGGUACACAACCAAACUUGAAAUCCUAUAUGAGAGGCGGGUGAAUCUUGAUGUUAAUCAGUAUGAUUGUCAUCAGUCAGAAAAUUAAUAAAAUGUUUUAGUGUUUCUGA